UUUUAGACUAUAAAUACAUCAGUUCUAAGCCACCAACUACAAAACCCUAAACCGUACUCUCUGUCUCUCAUUCUCUAACUUUCUCUCUCUAAGUUCGAGCUCUGUAGACCGUACGACAAUGGCAACGCAAUCGCUCGACGAAGUAACAGCAAAGAAAGUGAUUCGUCAGGUUGAAUUCUACUUCAGCGAUAGUAAUCUUCCCAGAGAUAACUUUCUCAGGAAAACGAUCAGUGAGAAUGAAGACGGCUUGAUUAGUUUGGCUUUGAUAUGUUCGUUCACUCGAAUGAGAAGCCAUCUUAAUUUGAAGGACGUGAAGCCAGAAGAGGUUUCAGAAGAUAUGGUUAAGGCUGUGGCUGAAACUUUGAGGACUUCUUCUUUUCUUAAGGUCUCUGAAGAUGGGAAGAAGAUUGGUAGGGCUACCGAGCUUCAAAAGCCAGAAGAGGUUAUAGAGCAAUUAGAUGUGAGGACAAUUGCUGCAUCACCGCUAGAGUAUGAUGUGAAGCUUGAAGAUGUGGAAUCCUUCUUUGGUCAGUGUGCCAAGGUUAAUAGUGUGAGGCUUCCUCGCCAUGUCACAGACAAAAGGGUUUUUUGUGGCACUGCUUUGAUUGAGUUCUCAGCUGAGGAGGAUGCCAAGAAGGUCUUAGAGCAAAGUUUGGUUUAUGCUGGUGUCGAGCUAGAACUGAAACCAAAAAAGGAUUUUGAUGAAGAAAGAGCAAAGCAAGCUGAAGAAGUUGAGAAAUCUCGUCCCCAAUUCGAUUCAAAUCAUAAAAACAGAUCAAAUCCUGAAGAAAACUACCCCAAAGGCUUAAUUGUUGCAUUUAAAUUGAAGAGCACGUCAACUGGAGGUUCAGCAGAACAUAAUGGAAGUAAUAAGCCAGCUAGUGAUAAUUCUGAUGUUCGCAAAACGGAUGGGGAACCAGACUUCACAGUAAGUGUUACUGAAGGGGCUGAAGACAAGGUGCCAGAAAACAGUAAAGAUGAUGAAAACCCUGGGAGUUGUAUUGAGGAGAGCGAAGUGAAGCUUAAUGAGGAAACAGAGUUGGAUAGUGAAGGAAAAGAAACCGAAGAUGGAGAGAACUCUCUUGACAGUCCCGUUCAAAUGGAUGAGAAUGAUGGCAAUGGGGGGAAGAAAUCGGCUGCCGUGUACAAGGAGGACAAGGAUGUUGUUUUACGGGAGGAUCUGAAGGGCGUUUUUCAAAAAUUUGGCACUGUUAAGUACAUUGAUUUCCGCAUGGGGGAGGAUUCAGGAUACAUUCGGUUUGAAGAACCAGGAGCAGUUCAGAAAGCACGCACUGCUGCUGCGCUUGCCGAGGAAGGCGGACUGGUUGUGAAAAAUUACAUUGCUACUUUAGAUCCUGUGACUGGUGAUGCUGAAAGGGAGUAUUGGAGUGUACUUCGAGGUAGCCAAGAUAAGCGCAAAGAAAACUGGAGCAACCGUGGAAGGGGAGGAGGAAGAGGAGGCCAGAGGGGCGGGAGACAUUUCAACAAGAGGCACUCUCGCUCUAGAGGAAAUGAUUCUGGAAAUCGCUCAAAUAAAGUUCAGAAAGUUGGAGCUGCAUGAGUUUACCAAACACCACCUCAGUCGGUUUUGUGACCUUUUUCCUACAACCCGCCACAAUUUUGUGCCAUAACGUUUGUGUUGUUCGAUGGCUUGGUUUCUGUUAGAGCUCACAAGAAUAUGUUACUAAUUCGUGCUCAACAAUUAUAUGUUUUAAUUCUUAUUAUCUAUAAUGUAACUGCGAUUCUGUUGACUAAUAAGUUCUAUUCUCGUUUUUAUGAUCUA